CAGCCCCACUUUGGGGUCCCCCACGGUCCGGGGGUGGGGUGAGGGAGUCCCGGAGGGGGAGGAAGGGCGGUCUCGGCCUGGGAUCAAGCCUGUGUUUCACACCCCCGGGGCCGCCACGGUGCAGCCUCGCCGCUAGGCCCACCCAUGGGCACCGCCCAGCCCCCCAACUUCUCGUGGGUGGCACGAGGGUGCCUGGCCGGGUUGGCCAUGCCGCGUGAACCGGGCCACUACCAGUUCCUGCUGGGCCAGGGCGUGCGGCACCUGGUGUCCUUGACGGAGCGGGCGCCCCCGCACCACGGCUCCUGCCCCGAGCUGCAGCUCCACCGGCUGCGCGUGCCCGACUUCAGCCCCCCGACGCAUGAGCAGAUCCAGAGCUUCCUGCGCCUUGUGGAGGAGGCCAACAGCAAGGGGGAGGCCGUGGCGGUGCACUGCUUGCUGGGAAACGGCCGCACGGGCACCAUGCUGGCCUGCUACCUCGUGAAGACCCGGAAGAUGAGUGGUAUCGAGGCCAUCCAAGAGAUCCGGCGGCUCCGGCCCGGCGCUAUUGAGACGUACGAGCAGGAGAAAGCCGUGAUCCAGUUCUACCAGCGCACUAAGUAGGUCUGGCCCCAUCGAUGCGUCUCCCACCACCGGGCCGCUUCACGCUGGACAUAGCCAGCCAGAGGGACGCUGUCGGUGGGAUAUGUCCUGCUGCGGGGCUGGCAUGGACGGAGCCUGUGCUGGGUGGAGAUGGUCGUGAUGGAAAUGAGUGGAGAUGGUCGCUCUGUCAGGCCGGAAAACGUAGAGGAUGCUGUUUCCAGGUUGGAGGAGCUGGUGUCUGUUCUGUCCAUCAUUAAAGGACUCUCCUGUGCUCAGG